AUGAAUUACUAUGAAGUGAUCGACUAUGUAGUCGUCACGGCCAUUCACACAGGGAUGACCGGCUUGGUCGACCUGCACCUCGACACUGUCAAAUCGAACCAGCCGCGUAGAAAUCGGUCGAAGAAAAGUCCAAGACGACCACUAGCUGCUUACACGUGGCUCGAGUUCACGGGACGCAUCGUCGUGUCUUAAAAAUUAAAAACCGUGUAGAACCGAAAGUGGGAAAGUAUGUCACCAAGAAGAGUACCCCAUCAGUGAAUUUCACUCAAUCAGAACAAAAUUGGUUACUUCAAGCCGGCGAACAGUGCAUAAAGCAUGUGGCUACCGUGGUUGAAGGACAGCGUGACACUGACAAUUAAACAUCGUGCCUGUGGAUUGUGUUUUACAGGAGGAUGUUGCGGUUCGAUGAAGAAGAGGACCAUCGUCGGCGGCUACGCGUUCACGUGGUGGUUCGUCACCGACGUGCAGCGACUGUCGCUCGAGGUUAUGACAUUGAAUCCCGUAUGCGAGAACGUGGAAACUGCACAAGGUGUACCACUGACCGUCACUGGUGUAGCACAGUGCAAGAUCAUGAAGGCUGACGAGCUUUUACACACUGCCAGCGAACAAUUUUUAGGGAAGAGCGUUUACGAAAUCAAAUCGACCAUUCUAUCUACCCUGGAAGGUCAUCUUCGCGCGAUAUUAGGCACGCUAUCGGUGGAGGAGGUGUACAAAGAUCGAGAUCAAUUCGCGACGCUGGUGAGAGAGGUAGCCGCGCCGGAUGUUGGCCGCAUGGGCAUCGAAAUUCUAUCGUUCACGAUAAAGGAUGUCUACGAUGAUGUUCAGUACUUGGCGUCGCUUGGCAAGGCACAGACAGCGGCUGUUAAACGGGACGCCGACGUAGGCGUCGCCGAGGCGAACCGCGACGCUGGUAUCCGGGAGGCAGAAUGUGAGAAAGCAGCGAUGGACAUAAAAUACAACACGGACACAAAGAUCGAGGACAAUGCUAGAUUGUUUCAACUGCAGAAGGCGAAUUUCGAUCAAGAAGUGAACACAGCGAAAGCGGAGGCUCAACUGGCCUACGAGCUUCAAGCGGCGAAGAUAAGGCAACGGAUACGAAACGAGGAGAUUCAAAUAGAGGUUGUGGAGAGGCGCAAGCAGAUCGAGGUUGAGGAACAGGAAAUCCGUCGGAAGGAACACGAGCUUCAAAGCACCGUCAGAUUACCCGCGGAAGCUGAACAUUAUAAAAUCGGCAGAGUGGCCGAAGGGAAAAGGACGCAGACGGUGAACGCGGCCAUAGCUGAAGCUGAGAAGAUUCGAUUGAUCGGCGGUGCUGAGGCACAGGCUCUACAAGCGGUUGGAGUGUCAGAAGCUGAACACAUGCGGAUGAAGGCCGCCGUCUACAAGAAAUACGGCGAGGCUGCUAUUCUCAAUAUCGCUCUGAACGCUCUGCCAAAGGUGAGGGAUCCUCCACUUCACAGACACAGUAAACGCUGCAAUUAUCGGCGACUAAAAUAA